GGUCUCGGGCCCUCAGGCGGAGCGGCGGGCGCCGGACCCCCAGGCGGAGCGACAGGUCUCGGGCCCUCAGGCGGAGCGGCGGGCGCCGGACCCCCAGGUGGAGCGACAGGUCUCGGGCCCUCAGGCGGAGCGGCGGGCGCCGGACCCCCAGGCGGAGCGACAGGUCUCGGGCCCCCAGGUGAAGCGGCGGGCACCGAGUCACCAGGCACGACAGUGGGCUCCGAGUCAACUGGCAUGACCGCUGGCACUGGGUCAGACAUUGGAUCGUCUGGCUGGACAGCGGGCAUCGGGUCACCAGGCAUCAGGUCAUUUGGCUCGACAGUGGGCACCGCGUCAUCUGGCAAGGCAGUGGGCUCCGAGUCAACUGGUAUGACCGCGGGCACUGGGUCAGACAUUGGAUCGUCUGACUGGACAGCGGGCAUCGGGUCACCAGGCAUCAAGUCAUUUGGCUCG